GUUGUUGCGUAAACAUAAGGGACCAACACAUCUUCUGCUUCUAAGUGGUGCAGAAAAAAAUUAAUUGUGGGUAUCAUAUUAAUUUUUAUUUUCACAGUUAAGACGAAUAAAUAUAUUUUACAAAAAAUACAGAAUCCAAAUAGCGCAAAAAUACAUAGAUAAAUGGGCAAUGUGAAUCUUGCAAUUGGCAUUGUCUGUGGAGGAAUGAUGGGAAUAUUACUAAUUAUUGCGGUCGUUUUCGUCCUUUUACUUUACUUCAAAAUUAUAUCAUGCGACGAUGAUCUUGAGGGUGAUGGGAGAAAUGCUGAGUACAAUGGCCUUCCAUUGCGUCAGCAGCUUCCAUUUUUGACGGAGGAACAACGCAGAAGACGGGAAAGGGCCAUGAUGAAAUACCGGAGGAAUCUUGAAAAAGAAGAACGCCGCAGAGCCCGUGCUCUGAGGUAUGAAGACCGGAUCCGUGAGGAAGGACUUGAUGAGGCGGAGAUGUCUGCUUCCAGCCCCACAAGUACGCAAGGUACCUUAAUCACAAGGCCACCAGAAUCGGAGAAGUCCUUGGAAAACUCAACAAUAGUUUAUGGUCAUAGUGAAUACGUAAGGCAUCGUUCGCUCACCUUGAUAGACUCUGAUAGCUAUCGAUCUAUGGGUUGCAUCCAUGUUUGUCGUAUGCUGUCCAACUGCGAAUCAUUUGGAAUUCUAGGACGCAAUAAUAGGCAUCACAGGAAGCUUUUUCGGAGGCAACGUUACUUUAGUGAUCCAGGAGAGAUAGAUUCUCUGAACCUGUGGGAUGUCGAUGGUCUUGAAGACAAAAGCACUGACAUGGACAGUGUAUCGAGUGCCGUGAGUUCCUUACCACGACCCCCUGAAGAGGUGUUGGGUAAUAACGCUUGCACUACCACUAUUCCAUUCUCCAUAGCUGUAGAUCAACCAAUUCCUCAUGUAAACUUACCGGCACAUGCCCAUGAUGAGGAUCACAUGGAUCGUGCCGACCGAGGCGAACGAACAGAAUCCUGUACUAAUGUGCCGGGCGGGAUUACCUCAAGACAGGACCGAAUUAGCACAAAACAUUUAGCCUUUUCCCAGGACGACCCAUUGCACGGAGAAGGGAAGGCUAACUUUGGUAAUUCAGGGAACGAAGCGGCGACAACAGUAGUGCUGGUCACAACUUCUAAGACGCCUCCUCAUCCACCCGCGCCCGUAUUGCAAGAGUCUGCCAAUGUUACGCAGUUGCAAUCAUUCAAAAAAAGGUUCACAGAGAAGGAUGCUCGACACAACAUCUCUCUGAGUGGUUUUUUUACAGUUUCUUCCCUAUCUGCAGCGCCUUUGAGGCCUACUACACCAAUGGCAGCACGCAAUACCCAAAGUCCCAGCGAAGGCCUUUUCAGCACUUUACCACAAAAUGUCCCCGAUGACCCUCGUCAAUUUCAGUGUGCUAGCGACACUGAGGAUACCCCUAUGAAGAAUUUACCUUUUCCCUCUUCAUCGGAUAUAUCAGACAAGAAUGUUGACAAUUUGGAAAAUACAAGCCAUCCUAAGGGAAUUGACCCCGAUUCCAGGAGUGUACCUGUGUAA